CUCUGAUGUGUCCUUCCGCUGCCAACAAAAGAACUAGCUAGCCGACUACAAAAAACGUCAGUCGGGAAAAACGUACACUGUAAAUCUUCUGCAAGGAAACAGCUAUUCUAAGAAUUCACAUGUAUUUAUUUGAUAGAAACUUUUUUAUUUCUAGAUGUAUAUAUUUGCCGCGGUAGGAUAUAUAUUUUAAACCUCUACAUAUGUUUUUCCCUUCCGUUGGAAGCCAUGAUGGAAGCUUGAGAGAAACGCAAAAAGAAGAUGCUUCCCGGGACAUAUGUCAAACGAGUCUGUGCAAAUAUUUGGUCUUUGUAUAGCUAUUAUACAUGCACGUUGGAGCCGGACACUUUUUCGCGUGUAUUUUGGCAAUCCAUCGGCGAAGAUGUUGAUUCGCUAGGAGGUUUUUGGAUUUUUUAAAAAGUGGGUAGCUAUUGCAGCUCGCUAGAUGGCUAGCUAAGUCUGAGUGGAUACGGUAACUAAUUACUACUGGGCUUUCCAAGGGCCGGUAGUCUUCAAAUUCGAGCGAGCGCCGGAGAGUUAUCUCCUCGCUGGUCGGUCAUCACGGCGGCUUCGGUAAAUCAAGAGAUUCGGACCGUCUUCUACCUUACGGUUAGACGGGAGGAUAAUUGUAUGUGUUUUUCAAGGGGGAGUUGCAAGACAAAUUCCAUUAUUGGGAAAGUUUGGCCUGCGCGGAAGAGCAGAGCAAGGCCCGUCUCUAUGAUCCAGAGAAAAAGCCAUUCUAGCUAGCUAACGCGUUAAUCCUACUCACGACGACGACCACUGUUGGCUUGUCUCACUGCGAGGAAGGAGCUGCAAAAUCAAAAGAGCAAAGGGCGAUCGUGAAGCAAAGCCAUUGCAAACCGAAGCAAAAGCAACGGCAGCUAGCUAACUUUUCAUAAUUUGAAACCCACAGACUCCUGUCACUAGCCAGCAAACUAGUUAGCUACAAUGGCUGCGAUAAUAAAAGAAAUGGUCAGCCGGAACAAAAGGAGAUACCAGGAGGAUGGGUUCGACUUGGACUUAACGUAUAUCUAUCCAAACAUCAUUGCUAUGGGCUUUCCUGCAGAACGACUCGAAGGAGUGUACAGAAACAAUAUAGACGACGUUGUACGGUUUCUUGACUCAAAACAUAAAAGCCAUUAUAAGAUUUACAAUCUUUGUGUAGAACGACACUAUGAUGCUGCCAAAUUUAACUGCAGAGUUGCACAGUACCCCUUUGAAGACCACAAUCCACCUCAGCUAGAGCUCAUCAAGCCAUUCUGUGAAGAUCUGGACCAGUGGCUGAGCGAGGAUGACAAUCAUGUGGCGGCCAUCCACUGCAAGGCAGGGAAGGGGCGCACUGGGGUGAUGAUCUGCGCCUACCUCCUGCACCGCAGCAAGUUCCAAGAGCCCCAGGAGGCCCUCGACUUCUAUGGGGAAGUACGGACAAGGGACAAGAAGGGAGUGACAAUCCCGAGCCAACGGCGCUAUGUGUACUACUACAGCCACCUGCUGAAGAACAAGCUGGACUACAAGCCAGUGGCUCUGCUCUUCCAUAAAAUGGUGUUUGAAACGCUGCCAAUGUUCAGCGGAGGCACCUGCAGGGACAGUACCAUUAAAAACAGGAGCGAGCCGAUCCCUCUGGGUUUCAAGAAAGGGAAUUGGCAUUGGGAUCCUCAGUUUGUGGUGUAUCAACUUAAAGUCAAGAUCCACACGUCCAACCCGGCUCACACACGGAGGGAAGAAAAGCACAUGCUAUUUGAGUUUCCCCAACCGCUGCCCGUGUGUGGAGACAUCAAAGUGGAGUUCUUUCACAAGCAAAACAAAAUGAUGAAGAAGGAUAAGAUGUUCCACUUCUGGGUUAACACCUUCUUCAUUCCCGGGCCAUCGGAGGAGAGCAUGGAGAAGGUGGAGAACGGGUCGGUGGUGGUGAACGACAUGGAAGGGGUCCAGAACCAGCCCCCGGGCGGCCCCCCUCCCUAUGCCCAGCCCCCCCAGAGCGCCAAGCGCAGGGACAGCAGCAAAGACAGUGACGGGGACUACCUCAUCCUCGCGCUGACCAAGAAUGACCUGGACAAGGCCAACAAAGACAAAGCUAACCGCUACUUCUCACCUAAUUUCAAGGUGAAGUUGUAUUUCACAAAAACCGUGGAAGAUUCUUUGAAUUCCGAGGUGAGCACUUCGACAUCCGUCACUCCGGACGUUAGCGACAAUGAGCCUGACCAUUAUCGAUAUUCCGACACCACUGACUCUGAUCCGGAAAAUGAACCUUUUGACGAGGAACAGCACACGCAAAUCACAAAAGUGUGAACUUUUUUUAUCAGGAAAAAACAGGAGAGAACUUGAAUAUGAACUCAAAAGAAGAACCUUUGUCCCCCUACCUUCCCCAAAAUGGCAAUAGAGCAUCAUCAUGUCAAAUGCCAAUUUUUGUAAAAAAAAAUAUUAUCCUGACCAAUAUGUUUUUCUUAUUUUCUUUGGCGCGGCCGUGUUCCAUGCACAAAGUAUUGACACUGUUGGCCCGUGGGGAAAGGUGCUUGUGUGUGUUUGUAUGUGUGUGUGUGUAUGUGUAUAUACAGUGCCUUGCGAAAGUAUUCGGCCCCCUUGAACUUUUUGACCUUUUGCCACAUUUCAGGCUUCAAACAUAAAGAUAUAAAA